UCUGAGCCUCUCCCCAUCCGCGCAGGACGCGUUUUCGUCUGCUAUCUAUUAGAGUUCCUGGUCUGCACGAUACCAUAGACGACCCUGCCAGUGACACACUGCCGACUAAUCUAUCUGCCUUUCUGCUAUACUGUCUACUCGUAAUCCAUAAUGCCAGCCUCAGCGCGAUACGAAAGGAAGUUCUCCGUCGCGGAAGGGUACGAGGAAUACAGGCAGUGGCGCCUGCAGCACAUCCUCUGGAUCAACCGCUACACCAACGCCUGGCAUAAAUACGUCUGCCGCAAGAACAGCAGCCAGCUGGUACGCAAGGGUACGGCAUGGGAGCUUGCGAAACGGAAGGGCCUGUCAAUAGAUACCCGCAAGGCCGUCAAUCUGAACUGGGGUGCAUGUGUAGCGCAACCUAAGCCGGUGGUAGAGGUGGAGUACAUAUACACCUCGCCCGUGAAAGAAGGACAUUAUACUCCCCGCCAGCCAGAAGCAUGGCCUCAGAACGACCCCGCUCAUGAGCAGCGAGGGACCUGGUACCGGGGCCAAUGGUACCCCAACUAUGCAUCCCAACCCUACGUGCGCAAGUUCUCCCAGACCACGUACGAGGAGACGUACCGACCGUACCCUGACGCCCUCGACGAAGCGCAGGCCACGCAUUACCACCGGGACCUGGCCGCAAUGCGCCACCGGACCGAGCGCAGAGAUGCGGCGGACCGCGCCUAUGUCAGGGAGUUCAACCUCAUGGUUGAGCGGCCCCGCUCGCGCACACCGUCCAGGGUGAUGUCUCCGCACCCCCUUGAUACGCCCCAGGCGCCACGGAUCGCGCACCGACAGCUACCCAACAUCCGUGAGCCGGAGGAGGUUGAUGAGAGCGAGGAGCCGUCGCGGAAGCGUAAGCGCGAGUACGCGCCGUCGCCGUCGGAUCAUGAGGUGUACCACCCACGCCCGUUACGACCUUACCAGGACCCUUAUUUGCGUUCGCCGCCGCCGUCGCGCCGAGAGUCGCCUGUGAAGACCAGGAUGCGCCGUGCAUAACGAUUUGGCAUCUGGAUGCCCUCCACGAAUUCAUGAAUACGUUCUUUGUCUUGUGAUGGCCAUUCGUUCGACGAACCCCCACGAUUUCACCGUGCUGUCUAUACUGUACAUGGUUGUAUUAUUCCUUCCUUCUUGGUCGACCCUCCUUGUAGCCUGAGCAUUGCAACGGACUCGUAUCUAUACCUCUGUCUCCAUAAUCUCUGUAUCUACUACUUUUCUUUGUGUACACGACCAAGUGUG